AUGGCCUUUACGUCUCAACUAUCGCAGGAACGCCACGCCAAUAUCUUCGUUUGGUGGCCUCACUCGUCCCCAGCUGAGCUCAUAGCUUGCUGGGACUCGAGUGUUGUUGGCCCUGUCACAGCCGAGGGGGUCCUCCGCUGGGUCAACAUGAUCGCCCCUGAGGUUGCUGGAGGUGCUGACGUUAUGGAGGUCAGACGUGUGUCAUUGUCUGAGCCCACUUUACACCCCUUGUACCAUCCCGAGCCGCAAGAAAAAAUUGAAUCCUCAGACGGCCUGGAGCCAGGGUACUAUGGAUGCUACUACCUGCCAGACAAAAAAUCACAAUUCAAGAAUCGGGGAUCUUUCUUCAGUAGUGUCGAGAUGGUGGCAUCAAUGACGGAGUUGAAGGAGAUGUUUGCCAAGAACACGGAGCAAAAUAUUGCUGCUUGGACGGAGUGCUUGAAGCGGUACUUCAUCUCCGAUGACUUACUUGCGGAGGCUUCCAGCGGUGAUGCCAACGGCAAGUGCGUUUUCACGGGAUAUACACACAAGAACAGUCAGUAUAGGGUGAAAAUUGAUUGGAUAUUCCCUCCGGGCAUGGCUCGCUACCGCACACACGGUCCCAAGGUGCUGACACUGGAGGAGUUCCAGAACGCCCAGAAUCUCAUGAUGGUGCGGAGUGACAUCUACGAUCUAUGGCACUCAAACGCAUUCAGUGUAGACGUCGAUGAUGACUACCGGAUCCGCAUCUUUCACGAGAGCGCUACCAGCUUUGGCUUACCUGCUUCUAUCGACCCGGGAAUUUACUCCGCCGCGGAACCCUUCUUCCGCGAGCAUUUUCGCUUCAGCCUGUGCGCAAACUGGAGUGGCGGGGACCCAAGUGAUGAACACCUUGAGCCGCCAGCUGCCUACGAUGCCAGUGACCCCUACAGCUGUAACGUGAAGGAAGAAUCCGACGCCGCAGACAGCGAGCAGGUGGACCUCGUGUCCGAAGUAACCGCCAGACUGGAGGCUCUACAGGGUGGACCAAGACGUGCGUGA